UGAAUUUCGGUUUAUCUACUUGUUCGUUAAUUUCUCAUAUUCAGUAUAUCAUUCUUAAAUGUUUAACAGUUCUGACAAGACGACUAUCAGUCUCAUUGCAAUGUGUCUACAUACUACAUUACUGCUACUCCGAAAUUUGUUGCAUAUGCUACCUUACUGCGUUCGUCGGUUCAUUGUGAGAACAACAUUAUACUCACCGCUCUGGUUAUCGAGGCUGGUGAUGAACUUUGGGACAAGACCAGUCGGUGAUGAAAGUAAAUGGAUUCACAAAAUUGAGCAGAAUACAUGGAAAGGGGUCUGGAUUGUGCCCGACCUGGAUUCAUUGGAACAAGCGGAAUGUGAUGCAUUGAGCAACGAUUUAGUUGUUUUGUAUGCUCAUGGUGGUGGCUACUGCAAAGGCAACUCAACAAUGUACAUGGAAACGUUUCAGUUAAUCAUAAAUCAUCUACGAAUCGAACACAACAUUCGAGCAAGUAUUUUGUCGUUAGAGUAUAGUCUUAGUCCGGAACAUGUUUGGCCAAAGGCGUGCGACGAAGCAAUGGAAGCGUAUCAGUACCUGACCAGUACUAUCGGUAUCCCAUCAUCGAAAAUUAUUUUUGCAGGUGAUAGUGCCGGAGGAAAUUUAUUAGCAGUCACACUAUUGACAAUUAAAAGUGAAAAGCAUCAAUUACACCCGGCAGGUGCGGCACUUUUUUCGCCGUGGGUGGAUCUUUCGAUAAAUCAGUCAAGACUAGAAGAAAAGUAUGUGGGACACUAUGUGCCAAACUAUAAAAAUUUGAGUGAGGCGGCCAGACUUUCAGUGACGCAAAAUCCACAAAUAUCACCAAUCUAUGGCGAUUUUAGCAGUACUUGUCCAAUGUUCCUUUCAUAUGGUGAAAAUGAGCUGCUUAGAACGAGUAUUGAAAAUUUUAAGUUGAAAUUAGAGAAGGAUGCAGUUGAUGUGACCACAUUGAUAGGGAAAGAUGCACGGCAUGUGUGGUUGGUUUAUAGUUUGAUAGCUACAUCCGGAGAGACUUUUGAAAAGGAUUGUAAAGUAUUUAUCGAUUGGAUGGCAUCCAUAGUUACUGUAUCGUCUAAUGUUGCAAAAUGUCAAUCGACAGAUGUCACUGAAGUGGCAAUGACAUCUAUUUCUUUAAAAUAAAAAUUUAUACU